CUACUUUACCAAACAAAUCUUGUGACUGAGCAAGAGCAAGAUGAUGCAAAUCGACAAUUUAAUCUUUAAAUAAAACAAGAGCCUCUAGAAGUUGACUUGAGAAUAAAAUAUACAUAUCACAGUAUAGCAGGAUAUGAUCUAUAGCUAGCUUACAUUCUCCAACAACACAACCCAUCUUUCGAGAAAACAAAGAUUAAAAAUGCCAGUUUCAAAAUUACCAUUUAUUUUGAUAUUCCUGAGUUCGUUAUGCCAAAUCUCUGUCAUCUUUGCCAGCCACAUUCCUGCUGCUACUAAUCCCCUGCCUAACAGUAUUGCCAUUUCUUGCGGUUCUUCGGGCAGCUUGGCUGCGCUGGAUGGACGUUUUUGGAUGGGGGAUUCUGGACUUGAAUCCACCUUGUCACUCCAGAUCAAUGGAAAGCCUUCCAACUCAAGAGCCAUCCACCAACUUACUUCAUUCGAUCCUGUGCCCUGCAGGACAGCUCGAGCAUCGCACAACACAUUCAGUUACAUCUUCCGAGUCAAACCCGGACAGAAAUUCAUCCGCCUGCAUUUCUAUCAAGAUUCAUACAAGGGGUUUAAGAGAUCGGAAGCUCUGUUCACUGUUAAAGCAGGUCCUUACACACUCCUCAGCAACUUCAGCACAGCUCUUGCUGCUGAUGUUUUGGGUGAAAAACAUAUCAUCAAAGAGUACUGUGUCAAUAUUGAUGAUGGGCGGGCUUUGACUAUAACAUUCUUACCAGCUCAGGGGAAAAAGAAAUCAGAUAAGUUCUAUGCAUUUGUCAAUGGUAUAGAGGUUGUCUCAAUGCCCACCGGUCUUUAUUUCACUCCUGAAGGGGAGUUGGGUGCUCUUGUUGUCGGAAAGAAGUACAGAUUCUACGUUGAUAACAGCACGGCAUUAGAGCUGGUUCAACGGUUGAACAUUGGUGGAACCUCCAUCUUGCCGGCUCAAGAUUCCCGCCUGUUCCGCAGAUGGGACGAAGACUCCAAGUACUUGCUCGAAAAAGGUGCUCAUCCUGUUAAUACUUUAACUACAGUUAGAUAUGCAGACAUGUUAACAUAUGUUGCUCCAGUUAAAGUCUAUCAAACGGCAAGGGUAAUGUUAGCAGACACUAAAUUGGGUGCCAGUAGUCUUAAAUGGAAACUGCCAGUGCAAUUAGGAUUCAGAUACCUAAUUAGGCUACAUUUUUCCAAGUUUGAUCAGCAGACAGCAGAGAGUCCCAACAAGGACUUCUCUGUUCUAAUCAAUAAUCAGAUAGCUGAGGACAAUGCCAAUAUCAUUCAAUGGGGUGGAGUAUCUGGAGUUGCAGUCUACAGAGACUAUAUAGUGAUGAUGGACGGAGAUAAGAUAGAGGAGAAGAGCUACCUUACCAUCCUGUACCAACCAAAGUUUGAAUCAGCAGCAGAACAAUUCCAUGGCACAUUGAUUGCUAUAGAAGUAUUUAAGCAGAGCAAGCCCGACAACAAUCUAGCAGGGACAUGGCCAGUUCUUGAGUUGCAGCACUUGACAUCAACACCGCAGCAAAAGAAAUCAAAAUCAAGUUACCGUAUUAACUUGAUCUCGGGUAUCCUCACAACUGUACUAGCCUUAAUGAAUGUUGCAGUUUACAACCUUAGAAGAAUUUCAGACUCCAGCUCCAGAAGGAACAUGGGAUCAUCCUUGGCGGAAGAUCGAUGCCGGAAGUUUUCAAUUGAAGAAAUACGUUUGGCGACCAACAGUUUUGAUCCUCAGUUUCAAAUAGGCAGUGGAGGAUAUGGCAGAGUUUAUAAAGGGAACAUCAACAGUGGGGCAACUGUUGUUGCAAUCAAGCGAUUGAAAACAGAAUCUCGGCAAGGAGAAACUGAGUUUCAGACGGAAAUCAAGAUGCUAUCCAAGCUCAGGCAUGUCCAUCUCGUUUCACUAAUUGGUUACUGCAAUGAUGGCCAGGAGCGGAUUUUGGUUUACCAGUAUAUCAGCCAGGGAACACUUGCCGAUCAUCUCUACAAAGCCAACAGACAUGGAAGGUCUAAUCCUCCACUUCCUUGGGAACUUCGACUCAAAGUCUCAAUUGGUGCUGCACGUGGCUUGUAUCAUCUUCACUCACGGCACAGGAUCAUACACAGGGAUGUGAAAACCUCAAACAUUCUGCUGGAUGAGAAUUGGGUUGCCAAGAUCUCAGAUUUUGGGCUGUCCAAAAUGGGACCACCAAAUGAUUCAUUCACCCAUAUUAGUACGAAUGUCAAAGGCACCUUUGGGUACCUAGAUCCAGAGUACUUCUUGACUCGUAAAUUGACGAGAAAAUCAGAUGUCUAUGCAUUUGGAGUGGUUUUAUUUGAAGUUCUUUCUGGAAGACCUCCAGUGAACAUAAGACUUGACGAGGAGCAACACAGCCUGGCUGGAUGGGCUCGAUAUUGCAUACGAGAUGGAAAAGUGGAUCGACUCAUUGACCCCAACUUGAUGGAGCAGAUAUCACCUGCGUGUUUAAAAGUGUUUGUUGGAAUUGCAGGCAGAUGUUUACACAUUCAACCCCAGGGAAGGCCUUCAAUUGCAGAUGUAGUGGUGGGCCUUGAAUUAGCUUUGUUAUUACAACAUACCAAAGAUCCAAUAGAACAGGAGGAAGAGGAUGAAAAUGCUGGAAGAAUUUACAGCGACCAUAGUGAUGGGGUCAUUUGUAUGGAUGAUAUAAGUCUCCCAACUGUAGAAUCAGACAGGAUUAGCAGUGAAGAUGAUCCCAGCCCCAGUACAAGUAAUGGAGACAAUGAUCAGAAGAGUAGAAAAAAGAAGGCCAUGGAUAAUGGCUCGAACAAUAAUUCCACACAAAGAUGGUGGUGGGACCCAUUUGGGAUUUUACCAAGAACGACAUCAAAGUCAAAACAGCGACGUGAGGUAAUGCACCAGUUUUCCCUCCAGGAGAUUCAGAGAGCCACAAAUAAUUUUCACAAAAGUCUCAUGAUUGGCUAUGGAGGAUUGGACAGUGUUUAUAAAGGAUACCUAGAUGGUGGUAAAAGAAAUGUAGCAAUCAGAUGCUCAAGAGCUACAGAAUCUAUAGUAUCCAUGGCCCAUGAGUUGCAAACAAAGAAAGAUACUCAAAUGACAUCUUCACCAGCUCAAGAUUAUGCUCUGUCUCUGAUAGGGUAUUGCAAGACAGAAUCAGACAUGAUUCUUGUGUACGAGCACAUGGAAAAUGGGACACUCUAUGAACAUCUGCAUGAUGCUUUAAAGGAUCCCCUUCCAUGGAAGCGAAGACUUCAAAUCUGCAUUGGUGCAGCUCGGGCUCUAGAGUACAUUCAUUUCACAGUCAAGCAGACAAUGCUUCAUCUUAACCUGACGUCAACCAACAUCUGGUUAAAUGAGAACUGGACUCCCAAGAUAUCUGGAUGGGGUUUAUCCAAAAUUACAGGAAACAAUCAGGUACCAGCAGUCAUCAAGAGUAACUGGGGGAUUUUGGAUUCAAAUUACAUACGUGGAGAGCAGCUAACAGAAAUGUCGUGUGUCUACUCGUUUGGUCUGAUUUUGUUUGAGGUGCUGUUUGCUGAAAAGGAAUCAGACCGCUGGCUCAAUGAGGAUCAUGUGACUCUUGCCCAGUGGAUCAAGUCAUGCACGAGGACUAACCUAUCUGGUUGUAUCGAUCCCUUUCUAGUUGGGAGAACAGCACCAGACAGCCUAAAGAUAUUCGUAGAAACUGCUGGAAGAUGCCUACUGGAUCGUGGAAUUGACCGGCCAACAAUGACAGAUGUUGUGGCAAGACUUGAGGAUGCAUUACAGCUCCAAGAAGCAACAGAAGCUACUAAGGGUAUCCAAACCCGAAGGAGAUGACCAGUAACCCAUAUCGGGCAUGUUUGCAAGCAAGAGGAUCAAGAAUGUUCCAAUGAGUCGACGCGAGUCAAAUGUAGUUCAGGGCUCUGAAUUCCCCUUUCUGUUUUUAAAUAGUAAAAUAAGUUGUGUGUGUAAACUGUAAAAUACUAAGAUGAUGAAGCAUAUCCUUAUCCAUUGUACCAUACUACCAUAUAAGCUCAAAUUUAUGCCUAA